AUGGGACUGGAAAGAAUUGAAGUGGAGAAUUUCAAGUCGUAUGUGGGAAGGCAUGUGAUUGGGCCCUUUGACCGGUUUACUUGCAUAAUCGGGCCGAAUGGAUCUGGAAAGAGUAAUAUCAUGGAUGCAGUAACGUUCUGUCUUGGGAUUGGGGCGCGACACCUUCGUGCCAGCAAUGCUAAGGGCUUGAUCAACAGCAAGUGCACCCAUGCUAGUGUGACACUAUACAUUGAAUUGGAUGGAGAAAGAAAAGGAUUCAAGAGGCAUGUGAAUAAUGAUGGACGUAGUUUGUACUUUAUUGAUCUGGAGAAUGUUGGAUAUGAAAGGUUUAGGGAGGCUGUAGAAGGGAUGAACUUGUUGAUUGACGCUCGGAAUUUCUUGGUGUUCCAGGGAGAUGUCAAUGCAAUAGGAAGCAUGAUGCCUAUGGAACUCACAAGGUUAUUUGAGGAGAUGAGUGGAAGCAUAAAGUUGAAAGAGGUGUAUGAGGAGAAGCAAAGGGAGCAGGCGAAGGCUGUGAGUGAAUGUAGUUCAUUAUACGAGGAGAAGAAGGAGGUGAUGAGCAGGAUGAAGGAGGCUGAGGAGGUUAGGGAGCAAGAAGGGAUGUUUAAAAGGCUUGUGGAAAGAAAGCAUGAGAUACAAAAAGAAAUAGUUCUACACGAGUUGAUGGAAAGAAGAAGUAGAAGGAAGGAUAUCAAUGAUGAGGUGAUUAGGCUGGAGUUAGAAAGCAAGGAAGUGCAAGAGCUAAUAGACAGCAAGGAAAAGGAAGUUGAGAUGUACAGGAAUAAGAUAAAUGAGAUAAGGAGAGAAUAUUUUGAGGUUGAUGCUCUGAUGUCGAAGGAGAAGGAGGUGGUGGCGGAGAGAAGAGCAUGGAAGUAUGAAGCUGAGCAGGAGAGAGAGAAAAGAAGGAUCCUGAUUGUGGAAGCUGAGAUGGAGAUCAAGAGCAAAGAGGAAAUGAUUAAUGGAAAGAGAAGGGAGAUUGACAGAAGAAGGAAAGAGAUGAAGGGUAUUGAGGGAGAAUACGCUGAGCUAUGCAAGGAAGAGGAAGAAAGAAGAAGACGUUUAGGUUCGGUGAAGGAAGAGAAGGAAGUUAUUGAGGAGAAAGAAAAGGAACUUCUUGAGAUGUGUGGGGAGGACAAAGAGAAUAUGAACACCCUGGAUCUAGAGAUGUUUUCUCAUAGGAUGAUGAGGGAUGAUUACAAAAGAAAAGUGAAGGAACUGAGAGAGAAAGACGAGGAACUAAAAAGUAAGAUCAAGGAGAAGAAGGUGAUUAGAGGAAACACAAAGGUGAAGAUAGAUGCGCUUGAGAGAUCUGAGGUUGAGUUGAGUAGGAAGAUAUUGCACCAUGAAGAAAGAUAUAAGAGGCUUGUUUCUGAGGAGAAGCAGAAGAACGAAGAGCUUUCAUGGAUUCUUGGGGAGAUACUACGGAUCAAGGGAAAGAGAAGGAUUGAUGGGAGAAGAUCCAUGAUAGUUAGUACUGUGGAGACGCUUAAAGGAAUGUUUCCUGGUGUUUAUGGAAGGGUUGUUGACCUGGUUGAGCCCACUCAGAAUAAAUAUGAGAUUGGAUUGUCUGUCCUUUUAGGGAGGCAUAGCCAGUCUGUUGUUGUUGAUUCGGAAACGACAGCUAUGUCAUGCAUCAACUUUAUAAAGGAGAAGAGGCUAUGCAAGAUGACAUUUCUUCCCAUUCAGAACAUCAGGGAUGGAGAUGAGAUGAGGGGUAUAGAAGAUGUUAUCCAAGAGUAUGGUGGAGGAGUGAGACGAGGAGUGGAUACCAUUAGAUAUGAUGGAAGAUACAGGAAGGUGAUGUCGUUUUUGCUGAAGGAGAAACUGAUAGUAGACAACCUAGAGAUAGCUAGAGAUAUUUGUUAUGGGAAAGGAACGAAAGUGAGUGUAUGUACGCUAGAUGGGAUUUACAUACAUGGAGGAGGGUAUCUUAUAAGCGGAGGAGAGAUCGGAAGAAACAAAUUCCAAGAGGAGGAUCUCGACGAGCUUGUGAAGAGAAGGACGAGGAUAUUAGAUGAUGUCAGAAGGAUUCAGGACAGUAAGAAUGACCUUUCUUAUGUCGAGAUAUGCAAGGAAAGGAUAGAGAUGUGGAGAAGGAGCAGAGCAAUGGAAAUGGAAGUAAUGAAGGACCUGGACAUUUGCAUUGAAGAGCUAGAGUCAGAAGUGGCAGAGAACAGCAAGUUACUGAAGGAGGCAGAAGAAUCCCUAAGGCACGUUUUGGAGGAGAUGGAGAUGUGUGAAGGGAAAAUGAAGGAGCUCCGCCAGAAGGUUGAGGAGGUUGAAUGUUCUUUAUUCUGUGGAGUGUUUCCAAAUGCUUGGUUCAAAAGCUUUGAGGAAUAUAAAGAGGCAAGAGAUUGCGAGUCUUUCGAGCUGAAAAGAAUGGAAUAUGAAAGUGUAAGAGGAAGGAUAGAGCUUAGGAUUGGGACACUAGAGCGGGAAGUAGAAGGCCUAGAAAAGGAGAUUAGAGUACUAAGGGAGAGAGUAGAAGAGUUAAGAGUUGUGGAGGGUAAUGAUGGAGAGGAUAUGUCUGAGGACACCUCAGAACUUGCUAUUCUCUCUGAGAAAAGAAAAAGGAAACUCGAGGCCUUUGAGAAGGCCCGAGAUGAGUUCAAGGAGAUUAAUGAAGAAUUCAAAAGGCUUAUGGGAAAGAAAAAUGAGCUGGAUCAAGGGAUAAUUUAUUGUGCAUCUGCAAAGGAACGGAUUGAAGAGGAGAUAAAGAAUACCUUGAGCUUUGCAGUACUUGAAGAGAUCGAGAUUCCUUGUGCAGGAAGGAAAUGUGUGGGAAAGGUCUCCAUAGAUGAAAUAGACUUUUCUGGACUGGAGAGAAGUGUUGAAGAGCUUCGGAGAGAACUUGAGGAGAUCAACCAAAAGAUAAGCAGCCAGGCGCCGUUGAUAAGGGUAGGUGAAAAGGAUGGAGACUGCUCCAGAUAUGUGAAAAUCAGUGCGGAGUAUGAGAGGCAAAAAGCUGCAGCAAUUUCUGCCAAGAACGAAUUCAAUGAGAUAAAGAAAAGAAGGACACACAUAUUUAUGGAAUGCUUUGAAAAGGUCAAUAAGGAGUUAUCAAGGAUAUAUAAAUGUCUCACAAUGACCGAGACAUCUGAAGGAAAUGCGUAUUUAGCUCUUGAAAAUACAUCUGAACCUUUCAAGGAAGGUGUUAGAUUCCACCUGAUGCCUCCAAACAAGCGAUUUAGAGAGGUCCGACUUCUUUCUGGAGGAGAGAGGACUAUGGCUGUUCUGUCAUUGCUCUUCUCGUUUCAUGCAUACAGGCCUGCUCCCUUUUAUUUAUUUGAUGAAGUGGACUCUGCCUUGGACAAGGCUAAUGUGUCAAGGAUUGUAUCUUUUAUAAUCUCAUCCACUGCCCAAUUUAUCCUUAUUACUCUGAAGCCAUCUUUGUUUCAACACGGCGAUGGGCUGGUUGGGGUAUACAAGGACCCACAUGAGGAUGCAAGCAAGAUUCUCACCUAUAGGCUGAUUGAGUAG